AUGGAGCACUACCCGGAUCAGGCAUACGAUGGCAUGGAGCUGCUCGAUUGGCUGUUUGAUCAAAACGAUGGAAUCCUCCGGCACGAGGAAGAGGGACAAUGUGACAACCAGCAGCAACACUGGCCCGUGCAGGAACCAAAUAUGCUCCAGCUGGCUGAGGAGGCCGACGCCGACUUCAUCAACGCUCUCCUGAGUGGAGGCGAAUCAGCGUCGGGCUCGCCUCUCUGGUCCCCCUCGCCGAGCGACAGCGGGAUCAGUGAGGAACCACCCUCGGACCAGAUGGAUAGCCCUCAGCGACCCGAGAGCCCCCCCGGCGAUUUUCAUUGUCUGGGUCUGAGGUCGCAGGCCAAGGCAGCCUUGGAGGCCCAAGUGCCCAUUAAACCCAACGUCUGGGAGGUCGAGCGCCCCGCCGACAGGAUAAGAUAUCCACAAUAUUCCUCGAACGUAAACAGAGCGCCACUGUGUUCUGGCUCCACUCUGACUGUGAAGGAUCUGCUGCUGAGCGGCACGGCCGAACCCCCUCCGCAGCCAUUUCAACAGUCCGUUCAAGAAUUGAUUCUCAAUGAAGAUGAGAAGAAGCUACUUGCCAAGGAGGGUGUGAGUCUGCCUAGCCAAUUGCCACUCACCAAGUAUGAAGAAAGGAUCCUAAAGAAAAUACGGCGAAAGAUUCGCAAUAAGCAGUCGGCCCAGGAGAGCCGUAAAAAGAAGAAAGAGUACAUUGAUGGACUGGAGAGCAGGAUGGCUGCAUGCAGCGCACAUAACCUGGAGCUGCAGCGGAAAGUAUCUCAGCUGGAGAAAUGUAACAUUUCACUGAUAGAACAGUUGCGCCGGCUCCAAGCUCUGGUCAUGAAUACAUCCAACAAGCCGGCCCAGACUGGGACAUGUGUGCUGGUGCUCUUGCUGUCCUUCUCCCUAAUCCUCUUCCCAAGCCUCAAGCCCUACGCUGAAACCAAAGUCAGCCAAGGAGACUUCAGCCCAGUCAGAAUCCAGUCAAGGUCCCUGCAGAACAUGGAGGCCUCUCGCAUCCUUCACAUCAUCGAUCGCCCCUUGCACGCCCAAGACGAAUCGAAGCCCGUGCACCGGCCUUUCCUGGGAGAUUCGGGACUGGAAAUCACCACCCUGAUGGGGAACAUGAAACUGAAUCAAGAACUGGACGCAAUGUCUCCGAACAGCAGCCGGGAGGAAAGCCUGAGCCAUUUUCACGUGGACCCGGUCACCGGCCACAUAGCCACGGUGACAUUGGAUCCGAAACACUCCGCCAGGCUGCCGCCAAAUGCUGAUGGCAUGUAA